AUGGAUGGUUCAUUAACAAUACAAGUUCGCUCACCAUCCAUGAGCGAGACAUUGACGCUAACUACAGAACGAAAUGCGUCGGUGCGCUCGCUUAAACGACUCAUUCAUACGGUUCAUCCAAAGAAGCCUAGCAUAAACGAUCAACGUAUAAUUUUUGGAGGCAAGCUCUUGAACGAUGCAGAUACUUUGAGUCGAAUACUUGAAAAGACCAAUGUCGAUUCCAUUCCAACUUUUCACUUGGUUGUUAAACCGACGCCCGUUGCUGCUACUACUGACACCACCACUACCACGAAUCCUUUGCCCUCAUCGUCAUUGAACCAUCACGAACAACCAAUACAGCGAGCUACAGCGACGUCUUCUUACUCACAGCCACUACCACAGCAACAGCAACAACAGCAACAAGCCAUGGCUGGCUAUCCGCCCGUCUUGCCCGGAGGCUAUCAAGUUAUUGCGCUAAACGGCCAGUAUUACCUUGCACCUGUGCUUGUACCCGCUUUUGCACCACAACAACCAUCAUUAUCUCCCGCAUCACAACAAGCGUCCCAAUCAUAUACGUCCACACCAUUAUUCAACCAGCAUCAGCAACAACAGUUCCAAUACCCCCGAGCACCAGCAGCAGCACAACCUGUGCCACAACCACAACAACAGCAACAACAACAACAACAAGCGGGCGAUCGUCCUCCUGUAUUCGUUCAUGCUCAGAACCAAGUACAACGCGCAACAUCCGUGUGGCUGGCAUUAAAGCUUAUUUUUAUCCUGUUUAUUCUUUGUCAAGAUGCAAGUUUGGAACGAAUUUUGUUUUUCCAUGUCGUGGCGUUCAUUUUCUUCCUUUAUCAAACUGGACGGUUGCGCUUUGUUAUCCAACGACCACAGCCACAGCAUCAACAGGGACAAGGCGCUUCGGCUUCGUCGGGAUCAUCCAAUGCAGCUACUCGAGAUCAACAACAACAACAACAACAACCGGCAACGUUACUUGCGACUUUAAAGCGUGGCGCAUAUACCUUUGUUGCAUCGUUGUGGCCGAAUUAUGGACAUGAUGCGCGUCUUGCUCAAGCGUUGGAUAAUGGUCAAAAUGAUGCGGUAAGUUUUUGUUUCAACCAAGGAGGAAGGCGCUUCUCUCUCUCUCUCCAAAUGUUUUACUAA